AUUAAUAGUACCAUUAAGAAAGAGUUCUGUCCUUCUCCAUAAAUUAACGUAACAGUUAAGAAGCCGGAAAUUAAAAUACCGCCUUUGACUUAAGUCUUAAUGGAUCGAAAUGUGGUAAGCAAACAUCUUAUACACUUCCUACUUUCCUUUCUUUUAACUUCAUUAGAACGCAGUACACAGACGCAGACGCACCCAAACUUGCUGUCGUCGAAACAUCCCACUUUUUCAGGAAAAAUGGGGAUCAGAAAUUAUAGCGGAGCUGUAGUACAGGCUAAAUCGUUUGAAGAAAUACGGUGCUCAAUGGUCUUGACAAGUGGAAUACACGAGAUUUUAACAUACAUUCUAUUGCUGAACAUUAUCAUAUCUGUCACUGCAUUCAUUGGAAACACGCUGAUUUUAGUUGCCCUUGGAAAAGAUUCUUCCCUUCCAACACCGUCUCGACUUUUACUCCGUUGUUUAGCAAUAACUGACCUAUGCGUUGCUCUCAUUGUGGAGCCACUCAAUAUCACUUAUUUAACGUCCAUUAUCAAUUACGAUGUGAAUCUUUGUCGAUUUUCAGCUGUAGCAUCGUUCAUGGCAGGUUAUAUGUUAGGUUCAGUGUCCUUACUAACUUUAACUGGAAUAAGCGUGGACAGACUUCUAGCCCUGUUCAUGUGGCUGAGAUACAGAGAAAUAGUAACCGUAAAGAGAACGUUUGUAGUCCUUACAACCUUUUGGGUUCUGUCCUCUUUAGUCUCUGCAACGUAUCUGGUAGGUCACCAAAUAACAUUUUGGUAUGGUCGCAUAGUAAUAACAUUGUGUCUAGUAACCGCAAUCCUCUCUUACACAAAGAUUUUCUUCGCAAUUCGUCGUCAUCAGAUCGAUGUGAAACAACGCACCCAACAACAACAAACCAACCAAACAAUACUAAACAUCGCUCGAUACAGAAAGGCAGUGUACACUGCAUUGUGGGUGCAGGCGGUGUUGGUUGUUUGCUAUCUUCCAUAUAGUAUAGUCAUAGCUUUGUUUAGUCAUGAGAGCAUUUCAUCAUCGUAUUUUGUCUCUUGGACGGUAACAGUGAGUCUGGUUUAUCUUAACUCGUCGUUAAAUCCAUUUCUUUACUGCUGGAGGAUUAGUGAAAUUAGACAAGUUGUCAAGGGGACGAUUAGGCAAGCAUUUAACUGUAUAUGGAAUUAGAGCAUUAGCAAGUCACAAAAGAUAAUAUAUACUGACAAAAGUUAAGUCAAUUUCUGCUCCAUUUGAGUUCGUCGUCGAAACUUAAUUUAACGUAAGUCAUUAUCACUUAGUUCGACAAUUAAGAGGAAGCGGGAUUUUUUUGUAAAUAAAGUAAUUUUAAAUCUUA